GGCGGCGGCGGGGCCCUCCCCCGGUGGAUGGCGGUGGCGGGGAGCAUGGGGCCGGAGCGGGUGUGUCCGGAGGAACCGGGGCCGCCCGAGGCCCCCGACGGCGCGGCGGGCUGGAGCGGUGACGAGGAAGAAGAAGAAGAAGAAGAAGAGGAGGAGGAGGAAGAGGAGGAGGAAGGAGGCGGCGGGUAUUUGUACCAGCCGCUGAGCCAGGAGCCGGAGCAGGGCCCCCCCGCCGCCCCGGCGGGCCCUGGCCUCCAGGAGCGGCUGCAGAUGCUGAGGCUCCACUUGCCCGACCCGCCGGCAGACAGCGAGGAGGAGGAGGAGGAGGAGGAGGAGGGGGAGGAAGGCGCCGCGGCUCGGAGCAGCCGCAGCUCCAUCCCCAUGGAUGCAGAACACGUCGAGCUGGUGAAGAGGACGAUGGCGGGCGUGAAGCUCCCCACCUUGGGCAUCCCUGCCUGGGCCAGCCAGAUCUCCGAGGACCAGUGGAAGGACGUGGUGCAGCGCGCGCUGCAAGCCCGGCCGAACCCCCCCGGCCCCAGACCCGAGUGGAAGUGAGGACCAAGCCACGGCUGCCCCCAGCCCCCUCCCUCCACCGCCCGCUGCCUCGGAGCCGGGUGGCGACAGGACUUGCCGCCCUCGACCUUCCACCUUCUCCCACCGACGUGGUCCACCUUCCCUUCCCACUCUUUUUUUUCCCCGGUUCUGGCUGGCAAGUAAGUUGCUGCGAUGUCCUUGUGUUGGCUUCUGACUGGUUUCCAUACUGGAGGGAGGGGAUCUUGGCUGGCUUUGCCCAGAUCCCCUCGGGACACAGACUGGAUCGAUCCCCGUGUUCACCCGGGCCCCCCCUCCCAGCACAGGGGCUGCGGGUUGGAAGAUCAGAGGUGGAGUCCAAUGUGUCUUUCCAAGAGAUCGGUUUUAUUUAGUUCUGUACAUACAGGGACAUCUGUACAAAAUCCAACACUUUCAUACUAUGUAAUGCUCUACUGAAAAUAAAGUACACCAUAUGUACAUAUGAA